CAUAUGUUUUUCCGGCUGCUUUGCUAUUUCAAAAGAAAAUAGUAAUCGAGCGUUUUAACCAAAAAUUGGAAUACAAAAAUAAAUAAAAUUCAUACAGUAAAAACGCUAUUAAGAAUUGUUCAUUCAGUCAUGGCGUCAUCUUUUCUGCGUCCUAAUAUUUUAUCGCGUCAUUUAAAACGGCCAUUUUAUCAAAACAAACGUAACUCUGGAUAUGUAGUUCUGAUCCCAGAGAUAGGUGAAGAUGCAGACAGAAGUACACUGCUCUCAGAGAAUGGCUUGCCGGAAUUCACUGAUUUAACCAUUGAAAAAUGCAUCGCCACAAUCAGCAAACAAAGCUUGGAGUAUGAAAAUGGAGUCAGACAAAUCGAGGAGUCUUGCAUAAACUGCAAAAAUGCAUUUGUGGAAAUUUUUCAGCCUCUUGAAAAACUAGAUAGCCAAUUAGAACUGACAUGGGGGAUGGCAAAAGCCUUGUACUUGGGGAACAGUUCUUUGAUGCCCACAAAGUCCUACAUACAAAUACACGAAAGAGCUCACAAAGCUAGAUCAUCAAAAUUUAAUAGCAUUCCAAUUUACUAUGCUGCUGUUGAAGAAAAAAACCGUUUGAAAAAACUUACAGAUGAGGAACAGAGGCUUUUAGACAAAUACAUAUUAGAAGGCAAACUUAAUGGUCUUGAUGUCAAAGGUGCGAAACGUGAUAGACUCGACAAUAUCUUAAAUGAACUACAAAAACAAAGAAGUACAAUAAGACAAAAGGUUUCUGUUGCUACUAAAGUGUUUAGUAGCAUUAUAAAUAAUGAGUUAGUAGCCAAAGAGUUUCCCGAAAGUCUUGCAAAAGUAAUGUCUAUUAACCAUGAAGCAGAUAAGGGCCCUUGGAAAAUAACAUUACAACCGCACAUCUAUGAACCAUUUAUGCAGUACUGCCCUGAUAGAAGCUUAAGGUGGAAUGCAUGGCAAGCACAUGUACAACGAUGUUCAGGAUAUACUAACAAGGACUUUGAAACCAGCACAAAUAUAGAAAAGUUAAGGGGUUACAGAUCAGAACAAGCAUUUAUAUUGGGUUAUGAUUCAUUUGUUGAUAUGAGUAUGGAAACGAAAAUGGCUGGAUCCUUAGAAAAUGUUAUUAAUGUUCUUGAUAAUCUUCUAACAACGGCUCGACCAAUGCAGGAAGUUGAACUUGAUACAUUACAGAAUUAUGCUAACGACAGAGGUUUCGAUUCAAAAUUAGAGCAUUGGGAUAUCCCAUACUGGCAAAGAAAACAAAAAUGGUCUCUCUACAGUUUUGACGAGAACAAAAUCCGCGAAUACUUUCCACUACCCAAAGUUAUUAACAGCCUUUUCAAUUUGUGUAGUAACCUCUUCAAAAUACAAAUCGUUGAAAGGUCUGACACGCACACUUGGCAUAAGGAUGUAAAAUAUUACGAUAUUUACGAUGAAACGUAUAACAAACCUGUAGCUGGAUUCUAUCUGGAUCCCUAUGCCAGAGAAGACGAAAAGAUUCGCGUGUACGAUGACGCAGGAUGGCAUGUAUCGAUCCGCCAAAAGAAUUUUGCCACGUCCACACAACCUCUCUCUGCUCUGAUUUUUAAUUUCCAACCGCCGUCUGAUGGAAAACAGUCUUUAUUAACAUUCAAGGAAGUGAGCGCGUUGUUCCAAAGAUUUGGGCACGCACUCCGACAUUUACUCACGACUGCAAACUAUUCCGAAGUAGCUGGAUUGUCCAACGUAGAAUGGGAUGCGGCGGAAGUGUGCGGACAAGUGAUGACGCAUUGGCUCUACGACCAACACACUGUCCAGUCAAUCAGUGGCCACUAUAGAACUGAUGAACCGUUGCCAGAAGAGAUAAUCCAAAAUUUGCAGAACAUUAGAAGACAUAUGGCGGGUUACGAUUUAUGCAAAGAAUUGUAUCUCUCGCGAUUGGAUUUAGAAUUGCACUCGAAAAAGACUUUCUGGAGGGAUGUUGUAAUGGAACUCUGGCCAAAAUAUAAUGUGUUGCCGUUCGAUAAAUACGACUCCCACCUUCUUUCGUUCACGAAAAUAUUUUCCGAGGAAUGGGGGGCUGCGUACUACUGCCAUUUGUGGUCGAAAAUGAUCGCCGCUGACAUUUAUAGCGCUUUCGACGAAGCCAGAGAGAGCAAUCAAGAUAUUUUAACCAUCAGUAGAAGAUAUAGAGAUACUUUCUUAGCGACUGGAGGUAGUUGCCACCCAAGCGAGGUGUUCAGAAGGUUCCGCGGUAGAGAUCCGUCGCCUCAUGCAUUGUUGAACAAUCUUGGGCUCACGAAAAAGAACGUAAAUGAAUAGAAUGACGUAGUAAAUUCAUGAUUGUAUAUUAUAAUUUAAUAAUUACUAUUAUAGUGUUUAA